UCAAGCAGCCAUCCAGCACCACAUAACAUUUCCUUGAGGAAUCCAUCCAGAGUCGGCCCCCAACAAACAUGGACUGUUUUCCCAUGCUUUAUUUCUUGUCGAGACAACAUGAUUCCUGGUAAUCGAAUGCUGAUGGUCAUUUUAUUAUGCCAAGUUGUACUGGGAGAGCAUAACCAUGCUAGUUUAAUACCUGAGGAAGGCAAGAAAAAGGUGUUGGGCCAUAACCCAGGUCAAAGCCAUGAACUGCUGCGGGACUUCGAGGCCACACUGCUGCGCAUGUUCGGGCUGCAGAGGCGGCCACGGCCCACUCGCUCGGCAGUGGUGCCCCAGUACCUCGUCGACCUCUAUAGACUGCAGUCAGGAGAGGCGGAGGAGGCUGGAGCCCAUGAUGUCACCUUUGAGUACCCUGAGAAGUCCACUAGCCGAGCUAACACUGUAAGAGCGUUCCAUCAUGAAGAGCACAUGGAGCAGGUGCCGUCAGAUGGUCUGUACAGCUCUGAGACUCCUCUGCGUUUCUAUUUUAACCUCAGCAGCAUCCCCGAAGAUGAGCUUCUCUCUACAGCAGAACUGCGACUCUACAGACAGCAGAUCGAAGAGCCCGGCUUGGAGCCCCAACACACAGGAAAUGAGGGAAUCCACCGGAUCAACGUGUAUGAGGUGCUGAAGCCACCUAGGUCAGGGCAGCUUAUAACGCGCCUUCUGGACACACGCCUCGUAAGCCACAACAUCUCCAGCUGGGAGAGCUUCGAUGUGAGUCCAGCUGUGCUGCGCUGGACACGCGAGCGCCUGCCCAACCACGGACUCGCAAUCGAGGUCCUACAUUUAAAUCAAACACCUCAGCACCAGGGAAAGCACGUGCGCAUCAGCCGCUCGUUGCACCAGGCCUCAGACGAAGGCUGGAAUCAGCUGCGGCCUUUGCUGGUCACUUUUGGCCACGAUGGUAAAGGCCACCCUCUGACACGCAGGACAAAACGUAGCCCCAAACAGCGAGGCCGUAAACGCAACCGCAACUGCAGGCGACAUGCGCUUUAUGUGGACUUCAGUGAUGUGGGCUGGAAUGACUGGAUAGUGGCACCACCAGGCUACCAGGCCUUCUACUGCCACGGAGACUGUCCCUUUCCUCUAGCUGACCAUCUGAACUCCACAAACCAUGCUAUUGUACAAACACUGGUCAACUCGUUAAACAGCAAUAUUCCCAAGGCCUGCUGUGUGCCCACCGAGCUGAGUGCCAUCUCAAUGCUCUACCUGGAUGAGACUGAUAGGGUGGUCCUCAAAAACUACCAGGAAAUGGUGGUAGAAGGCUGUGGUUGUCGCUAGUUAAAGAUAUUUAGCUCAGUGGAAGCAAUGUCUAAUGGACCCAUUGUAUAUCAAAAUAUCUUCACUUGGACGCUUAUUUAUAAUGUUUAUGUUGAGAUGUCUGUCUCCUUUUUGUUUCCUUGACCAUAUGAUCAUAUAUUUUGACAAAUAUAUAUAUAUAUAUUUAUAUCUACAUGUUAAAAAUAAAAGUGAGACCCUAUUUUAAACAUUAAUAAGAAGCUGUACAACUUUUCAUGAUGUAUAUUAGAGUGUAUAAUGGUAUUAAAUAAGAAAAUAGAAAAAAAAAAAAAUGAAAAAGUACACCAAAAGUUAAAUAUAUAUAUUUACUGUUAAUAUUUAUUUCUUUCAUACAAUAUACAUUUACAAAAAAAUGAGAAAUACAUAACCUUCCAGCCCUAUUUGAGCAGGUAAAGAAAUGCAACAUGCAUUAUUUGUGUAUAAAAAAAAAGAGCACUGUGUGAAAUGAUAAACCAACAGAUUUGUGAUAAAUCUCAUCAAUGUACUUUGAUUUUUCACAUUUUGCAUCAACUUUUUAGACAUGUGAUUUUUAGACUCCCCUUAAUGUGUUUCUUUUUUUAA